AUACACAUAUAUAUUAUCAUUAUCUACUAAUAAUAAUAGAAAUUUGAGAUUGUCGCCCUUCUCGCUCCCUCUUCCAAAUUCUUCUUCCCAAAUCGAGGCCUCUGAACAAGCGGGUCGGCAAUCCAGACAGAUCUUCCUCCGUGUCAAAUGGAAGCUGAUGUUCCCAUUUUCGAAACCCUAAUUCCAUCACUUUCUCGUCUCUUUUGUACUCUUUAAAAACGAUUUCCAAUAUUGCGUUUUUGGUAUUCAGAUACAAUGAGGUCAAUGAAUCUAGUCCUCCCCUUUUGCGCUUUUCUGAAUCUAAUGGCUUCUGUGGCCUUCGCCAAUGUGGUUCUCAUUGGGAACAACGUAACUCUCUCUUUCGACGACAUCCAAGCUAACUUCGCUAAACCAGUUAAAGGGUCGGGAGAAUGCGGGAUAUUAUAUGUGGCAGAGCCUCUAGAUGCAUGUUCACCUUUGACUAAUGCAGUGGAGAAGGUUGAGGGUGCUAGUUCACCAUUUGUAUUAAUUGUUAGAGGAGGGUGUGGCUUUGAGGAUAAAGUGAGAAACGCCCAAAAAGCAGGGUUCGCAGCUGCUAUUGUAUAUGAUAAUGAAGAUGGUGGUGUUUUGGUUGCAAUGGCUGGAAAUUCUGCUGGAAUAAAAAUACAUGCUGUCUUUGUUUCCAAAGCUUCAGGCAUGGUACUCCAAACGUAUGCUGGUUCUCCUGACAUGGAGUUGUGGAUAAUUCCAAGCUUUGAAAAUUCAGCAUGGUCAAUCAUGGCUAUUUCUUUUAUUUCCCUACUUGCCAUGUCUGCAGUGCUGGCUACUUGUUUCUUCGUCCGCAGGCAUCGCAUAAGGCGACAACGACCUAGAGUUUCUCGUGUCCGGGAAUUCCAUGGGAUGAGCAGUCGCUUAGUGAAGGCAAUGCCAACUUAUUUUACAACUGUUUUAGAGGAUAAUUGUACUUCAAGAACAUGUGCCAUAUGCCUUGAAGACUAUAAUGUUGGAGAGAAGCUCAGAAUUCUGCCUUGUCGUCACAAGUUUCAUGCUUUUUGUGUGGACUCUUGGCUUACGUCAUGGAGAACCUUUUGCCCUGUUUGCAAGCGCGAUGCAAGAACAAGCACAGGUGAGCCCCCAUCAGAAAGCACACCUUUGCUUUCUUCCAGCGCAGGCUCUUUGGCUCCCUCUUCUCUGGUGUCAUCUGUAAGAUCAUCUCUAGCCUCAUCCUCAGCAAUUCAUAUAGCUCCAUCACCAUCACCAUCACAUUCCCUCUCAGUUUCUCGGAACAACUCCCUGUCCGCCACUCCUUACAUCCAGCAGUCCCUUCAGUCUUACCGCCAAUCUUCUUUAAGUGUAAGCCGAAGCUCACUAGACCUUAGGAAUGCGUCUUCCCAAAGAUCUCAUGCUUCCUAUUUGGUUUCACCUCAUUCUAUGGGUUACCCAUCAUUAUCACCUCUUAACUCGAGAUACCUGUCCCCAUACAUUCCAAGCCCAAGCAAUGCCUCACUGAGUUAUGUUGGCUCAUCUAGUCGACCGCCACACCCACUGCAUUAUAGCGAGUCAGCUACAAGUUUUUCUCCUUACACUUCUGCUCAAUCUCUCCCGGAAUGUUGAUUUAUAACUUGAUAUAGAGCUAUGGAGAGGUCUGUGCACAAGUGCAAGCUGCACUCAAAACUGCAUAUUCUUCAGUAACUGGAAUAGAAGAUGUUGAGAGCUGAUAUGUACAUUUAGUGUAAAUUGUGUGAGGUUUGAACUGAUAAUUAUGGUUCUUAGUUUUGAGUUGUGGAGAUUGUGACAAUGAUGAGUGUUUAAUGUUAAAGGGGAUAUGUUUACAUGGCUGUUCAUGGGUGAAUAGUUUACUGCUGACCAGAAACAUGUUUGGGGCUUGUAAAAAAAUGAACUUU